AGAGAGUGCUGAGCAGACAACUGAAGAACAGAGGAAGGGAGAAAGAAGGAUAAGAGAAAUGGGAGGAUUUGAGCAGAAUAGUCUAGUGGAGAAAGCAAGAAGAAGAAGAAGAACAAGAGAAAUGGUGCUUGUGCUGCUACUGCUGCUUCUUGUUGCUGUUUUCCCGGGGAAAAUCCAUGCUAGGAGGCCGGUGGAAAAUGGGUCAUCUAGCGGUAGAAGCGUCUCAGCAUUGUUUGUAUUGGGUGACUCUUCCGUUGAUUGCGGAGACAACACCCUCUUCUACCCUCUUCUCCGCCGAAAUCUCUCCUUACACCCGUGCAAUGGCUCUGAUACUACCCUUCUUCCCCACCUCCUCGCAAAGAAGAUGGGGUUGCCCUACACGCCAGCAUUCUAUGCCCAGAAUGGAACAAUUGAAGGGCUUCUAGCAGGCCUGAACUUUGGUUCAGCCCAAGCAACCAUCAUGAACAUCAACAGCCAGAACCACCAGUCUCUGGACCAACAGGUUCGCCAAGCUUUCGAGACCUUUCAGCUGCUGCAGCUGCAUCUUGGCCAGGACUACGCCUACCGGUUCAUCAAAUCCUCCUUCUUCUACCUCUCUUUUGGCAAAGAUGACUACAUCAACCUACUCUUCCGCAACCCCUUCGGGGUGCGUCGGGACUAUGGUGACCGACGGUUCGCUCAUAUCAUGGUUAACCAAAUGGCAAAUGUUGUAAGGAACCUUUACAAUGUGAACGUUAGGAAGAUCGUGUGCAUGGGUACACUGCCUCUGGGAUGCACACCCCGGAUGGUUUGGAAGUGGUAUAACUUCACCGGAGGAGAUGAUGAUGGAAGGGGUUGCGUGGAAGGGAUUAACCAGUUGGUUUUGGACUACAAUACGUUACUGGAAGGGCGCAUUGCGGAACUUAACAUGGAGUUUCCUGAUGCCCAGAUAGUCUUCUGUGAUGUGUACCAAGGGAUUAUGCAGAUAUUAUCCAAUCCAAAAUUCUACGGAUUUGAGAAUGCAAGAAGUGCAUGCUGUGGCCUUGGUUGGUAUGGGGGGAUGAGUGGGUGUGCCUCCAUGGAGAUGGCCUGCCCUCAAGCCUCAACCCAUGUCUGGUGGGACUUCUACAACCCAAGCCAAGCUGUCAACUCCUUGCUCGCUGACUCGGCUUGGUCAGGCCAACCACUCACCGACAUUUGCCGCCCUAGUACCGUCCGGGAAAUGGUGUCAACUGCAGGGGCAUCGUUCCUCAUGUGAUGCAACAUGUACAUCCAAAGGCUUGACUUGGCAAGUAUAUGUGGUUUCCUUUUGUAACUCAAAGUGCUUGCUGGAGAUUUCAUAGUCGAACUUACUAACUUUUUCCUUCUUCAAUGUGAAUAUGAAUUCAUGGUUGGUUCA